UGCGGGGUGGGGGAGGAGGGGAAAGGAGGUUGGGUAGUGAGCUAUUCAAUGGAGACCUAAUCCUUCUUUUGGGUUGCCUUUCUUCAGAAGUAUACGUGUUCAAUUCUUGAACAUUUUUGUUUCUUGUCUUUAAUUUAUCGUGGAAGGCAAUUAGAACUCAAAAAUCUUCUUUUCAAGGCAUGGAAUAUACUGGUAAUUUUAACUACGAAGAUGACUUAUUCUUCGACCUUAAGCCGAAUCUUUCUCAAGAUAUAUAUUCAUCAACUCCAUCAGCUUACACCAAUAUUGAAGAGAAUGCUCAAAAAGCUCUUUCUUCUCCCUUACUUUCCUCUAAUUCUUCCUCUUCUGGAUUUCUCAUUUCGUUUUCAUCAUCACCGAUUAAUCCUCAAGAAGAAGAAGAAGAUAUUGUAAUGAUAAGCUCUCAUUUGGAAGAAAAUGCAUGUCAAGAAUCAUUAGGGGAAAAUAAUAAUAAUAAUAAUAAUAAUAUUAUGUACAAGAGAAGUUCUGUACAAGCUCAAGAUCAUGUCAUUGCGGAGAGGAAACGAAGAAAAAAAAUGGGCGAGCUUUUCAUAUCUUUGUCAAAGAUUGUCCCUGGUCUAAAGAAGUUAGACAAGUCUUCUAUCCUUGGAGAUACUAUACAGUACAUGAAAGAACUUCAAGAACAGGUAAAACUACUCGAACAGACAGAGAAAAAUACCUGCGAAAAUAAUGAUUCCUCUACCUCCAAGGACCAAGUUGAAGGAUCAAAGAUUAAGGCAAGGAUUUUGGACAAAAGUGUACUUAUUAACAUCCAUUGCAGCAAACAAGAUGGAAUGGUGGGAAGAGUGUUAUUCCAAAUGGAGCAAUUGCAUCUUUCAGUCCAUGACAUUAGGAUCAUGCCUUUUGGUCGGACCAACCUUGAAAUAUCAAUUCUUGCUGAGAUGGAAAAUGGAUGUUGUAUAACUGUGGAGGACAUUGUAAAGGACCUCCAAAUCAACCUUCUGGAGCAAGUUUAGCAUGAAUGAUCUCUCCUCCUGAUCUUCUCUAGGUUACCUUUUCCCUUGUUGCCCCUAGACCUCGUAAAUAAUAAAAAGAUACAUUUUUAAUUACCUAUGUGUAUAAUUAAUUGAGAGCUCUUUUUGAGAUUGUG